GCGGCACCCUGGACCAUUUGGUGGCGCGGUGUAUGUGGAGGGGGUCGUGUAGCUCCCGUCCCUGACUGAGUGUGACAGUGGCAGACGUCAUGACGAGAGCCAACCUCUGAUCCCCAAACAUUGUCUUUUCCUUCUCUUCUUUGCCCAGUGUCUGUGUGGUGUGCUAAUAGCCAAUACAACCGGCACCAUGUUUGAACACCGUUCUAGCGGUUCAUCCCACUGGGGGAUGAAAAUGUUAGGCCUGUGUGUUUUAGUGCUUGCAUUUUGUAGUCCAGUCUCGGCUUCAGAAGACAACAGCACAGUAUUUGGAAAAUGUGUCGACGGUCUGAUCAUCCCGGUGUGGACUCCUCAAGAGGGACUGUCAACGGGAGACCGCGUGGCUCGUGCGAUCGUUUAUUUCGUGGCUAUGGUGUGGCUCUUCAUCGGCGUGUCCAUCGUGUCGGAUCGCUUCAUGGGCUCCAUCGAAAUGAUCACGUCCCAGGAGAAGGAAGUGACCGUGAAAAAGCCCAACGGCGAGACGCAGAUUAUCGUGGUGCAAGUCUGGAACGAGACCGUCGCCAACCUGACUCUCAUGGCGCUGGGCUCAUCCGCUCCUGAGAUUCUCCUCUCCGUCAUUGAGAUCUACGCCAGGAACUUCGAGGCCGGAGACCUAGGUCCCGGAACCAUCGUCGGUUCCGCCGCCUUUAACCUCUUCGUCAUCAUCUCCAUCUGCGUCUAUGUCAUUCCCGACGGCGAAGUCCGCUACAUCAAGCAUCUUCGCGUGUUCUUCAUCACUUCCUUCUUCUCCGUGUUCGCCUACAUCUGGCUCUAUGUCAUCCUGGCUCAGAGUUCUUACGGAGUGGUGGAGUUCUGGGAGGCCUUCCUCACCUUCCUCUUCUUCCCCAUCACCGUCAUUCUGGCCUACGUCGCCGACCGUCGCCUCCUCUUCUACAAGUACAUGAGCAAGGAGUACCGUCUGAACAGGCGCGGCGUGAUCGUGGAGGUCGAGGGUCGAGGGGACGUGGAGAUGGGCAAGAAGGACGAGGGCCCCGCACUCGGCGAGAACGUCGACGAGUCCGUCAGGGAGUUCGAGGAGCACCGCAAGGAGUACAUGUCCAUCAUCCGCGAGCUCCGCCAGAAGCACCCCAACGCCGGAAUGGAAACCCUGGAAGGCAUGGCUCGCGAGGAGAUCAUCAACCGUGGACCAAAAUCCCGUGCCUUCUACCGCAUCCAAGCGACCAGGAAGCUGACGGGCGGCGGCAACAUCAUGAAGAAGGUUCGCGAGGAGGCCAAGCAAGAGAAGGAGGAGGAGGUCGAGGAGAAGAAGGACGACGACACCAUCCGCGUGUUCUUCGACCCCGGCCACUACACCGUCAUGGAGAACGUGGGCACCUUCCAAGUGACGGUGGUCCGGGAGGGCGGUGACCUGAACACCACUGUGCUCGUGGACUACAAGACCGAAGACGGCACCGCCAACGCCGGAGGUGAUUACGUGGGCGCCGAGGGCACGCUGGUGUUCCUGCCCGGUGAGACCCAGAAGACCUUUUCCCUGGAGGUUAUCGACGACGAAGUUUUCGAGGAAGAUGAACAUUUCUAUGUGCGACUUUCGAACAUGCGCUUGGGCUCCCCUGACGGCACCGCCGUGACCCACGCCGUCAACGGUGCCGCAGGUCAACCCAACAAGCCUGUCAAAAUGGAGCUGAGCGCCCCGUACGUCGCCACGAUCAUGAUCCUGGACGACGAUCACGGCGGUAUCUUCAACGUCGGCGAGAAGGAUGUUGAGAUCGUUGAAUCUAUCGGAACUUACGAACUGAAGAUCGUGCGCUGGUCGGGCGCUCGUGGCCGCGUCUCCGUGCCCUACAAGACCGAGGAUGGCACAGCCAAGGCCGGCAAGGACUACGAGGAGUGCGAAGGCGAACUCGUAUUCGAGAACAACGAGACUGAGUAAGU